AUGAGCUGGAGUUCAAACGGAAGAUUUAAUGGAAACCACAAUGGUUCAAUUUCUGCUACACCUCAAAAGGAAAAUUAUGUUCAAGUUCCUUCCUCAUCUCCCAUUGUUAUAAAGUCGUCUCCUUCAGAUUUAGAACACACUACACAACCAAGCUUCAAUAGCAAGAUAGAUGAACAAAAACAGAUAGAAAUCGAAAAGAAACGACAAAAGAUUCGUGAACACAAGGAUUUUCCCCUUAUACGGAAGAGAUUUUACUACUUAAGUGAGAGUGACAUUUUCAAAGGGUUUGUCAAAGGAAAGGGAAUUUUACGAGACGUGACAAGAUGGCUAGAGGAUAAUCACAAUUAUAGUGACUAUUUGAAGAAACAGAAAAUUGAAAGAGAAGACAGACUAAGACAAGAGGAAUUAAUGAAACAAAAGCAAAGGGAAGAUCGGUUGAAGAGGGACUACGAGGCAGGGUUGGGCAAAAAGAGUGAGCAGGAUGAUGAGAAAAAGAGCAUCGGUGCUCCUUAUGAUGAUGAAGAUGACUCUCCGGUGAAAAUGAAAGGUAAGGCACGAGCUAAAAUCGAAGUGGCCUCACCUAGUAAGGAAGAUCAACUGUCAACAAAGGUAGAAAUCAAAUCAAGACAAUCAAUACUUAGCAAGUACAAGAGCCAAGGCCCUAAACAAGCUACACUCGAAAGGUUUGGUAGAUUAGGUUCAUUGUCAAACGAUAAUACGAAGAAAAGAAAGUUGGUUAAAGGAACGCUAUUUGACAGGGCUCAAUCACCAAGCUCAGCUUCGGUUUCGCCCGUGCCUGUUCCAACCUCAUUGAGUGCAAAGUUUAGUUUUAACAACGGCAGCAACAACAGCACAACUAGUUUGAAUAGCAGCGAGACAUCAUCUCAAGUGGACGAGUUGGAGGAGCUGGAAAGAAGAAUUGCAGAGAAUCUUAAAUUGGCAAAGCUACGGAAACAACAACUACAGAAUCACACUCAGUAUCAAGGCAAUAAUAGACUGAAUGCAAUACAAAUUAGUGACGACGAUGACCUAUUGGGAGAUGAUGAUGCGAGCGACUCCAUGUCGGACGAGGAUGUCGACAUGAACACUGAGGAAGGACUCACUACAAUUGAUGGCAAGAUCUUGGAAUUCAUCAACAAUGCGCCAAUUGAAGAUUUGAUUGAUAUAUCAAACAUUGAGCCGGAAAUUGCUGAGCUCGUUAUCAACUCGCGUCCAUAUCAAAGCAUCUACGAUAUAUCGGAAAAUGACUUCACCAAAGAAGAAAUGAAGAAAAACACUCGAAGAAAGAAAAUGGGAUUGAGAAUAAUUGAACAGACUGAAUCAAGUUUGAAAGGCUAUAAGGCAAUUGAUUCUUUAAUAAAAAAGUGUGCAGAGUAUGGUGACAUAAUCUCAACACAAAUGAAGGAAUGGGGUGUAUCACAAACAGGAGAAAAUGGAGAACUCGACUUGGUUGAUUUGGACCCUGUACAGGAUGAUGAGAUAAAAGAUGAUGAUGAUGAUGAUGAUGAUGAUGUCGUCAUUAUCAAAAAGAAAGGAUUGAAAUAUAUCAAACAUAAGCCUGCCUUGUUAGAAAGUGAGAUUACAUUAAACAAUUACCAACAAGUAGGACUCAACUGGGUCAAUUUGCUUUACCAUAACAAACUUUCCUGUAUUCUAGCCGAUGAAAUGGGAUUAGGAAAAACAUGCCAGGUUAUAGCUUUCAUGGCUUAUUUGAAACAGGUUGGUGAAAAAUGUCCUCACUUAGUAGUGGUUCCGGCUUCCACUAUUGAAAAUUGGAUUCGUGAGUUCAAUAAAUUUUGUCCUGCUAUAAAGGUUCAAGCAUACUAUGGUUCGCAAAAGGAAAGGGAGGAAUUAAGAUACGAGUUGCAAGAUACUGAGUUUGAUGUGUUAGUAACAACCUAUUCAUUGGCUUGUGGCUCUCCCCAAGAUGCCAAGUUUUUGAAACAUCAAGAUUUCAAUGUUGUUGUGUAUGACGAAGGACACUUGUUGAAGAACUCACAAUCAGAACGAUAUGUCAAGUUGAUGAAACUAAAAGGUCAAUUCAGAUUAUUGUUGACAGGAACUCCAUUGCAAAAUAACUUAAAGGAAUUAGUAUCAUUGUUAUCCUUCAUUUUACCUCAGGUCUUUAAUGAGAAAAGAGACGACCUUGUGGGGAUUUUCCGUCAAAAAACAAGUGGCGUUUCUGAAAAUGGAAAAUCAACAUCAAAAGAGUAUAAUCCAUUGUUGUCGAUGCAAGCGAUCAAGAACGCUAAAACGAUGAUGACACCUUUCGUGUUGCGUAGAAGAAAAGAUCAAGUGUUGCAACAUUUGCCAGUAAAGUGCCAUGAAAUCGUGCAUUGUAAAUUGACUCCUGAUCAAGCUCAAUUGUACAACAAAUUUCUUGACGAUGGUAGAAGAAUAAGAGGAGAAAGGGAAAGGAGAAAGAACAUGUCCGCUGCCGAGGUGGCCAAAUUGAAUAAGGCUGACCCUAUCCCCACAUCAUCAAAUGUGUUGAUGCAAUUGCGUAAAGCGGCAUUGCAUCCAUUGUUAUUCCGAGUUAGAUACGAUGAUAAGAAACUCAAGUUGAUGGCAAAAGCUAUCAUGAACGAGCCUGAAUACGUUGAAGCUAAUGAGACUUACAUAUAUGAAGACAUGACGGUGAUGUCGGACUUUGAAUUGAAUAACUUGUGCUUGAAGUUCCCACAUACAUUAAGAAAAUGGCAGUUGGAUGAAUCCUCGUUCUUGGAUAGUGGGAAAAUUGUUGAAUUGCAAAGGAUCCUUGAUAUUAUCAUCAACAACAAACAUGAAAAGGUUUUAAUAUUCUCCCUUUUCACGCAAGUUUUAGACAUUUUGGAGAAGGUCCUUUCCAUACUCAAAUACAAAUUCGUCAGACUUGAUGGUGGUACCAAGGUUGAAGAAAGACAAGAAACGAUUGAUAUGUAUUACGAGGACGAAACAAUCCCAAUAUUUUUACUAUCUACAAAAGCUGGUGGAUUUGGUAUUAAUUUGGUGGCUGCCAACAAUGUCAUAAUAUUUGACCAGUCGUUCAACCCUCACGACGAUAAGCAAGCGGAGGAUAGAGCUCACAGAGUUGGACAAACCAAGGAAGUAACAGUGUAUAAGUUUAUUACUGAGAAAACAGUGGAAACGAACAUCUUGAUGGUUGCCGAAAACAAGUUGCAGUUGGACUACAGCAUCUCGUCAAAUGAAACUACCGAUAGCAACAAGUUUGAAGAAAACGCCGCAUCCACAUUCGAGAAGAUAUUGUUUGAAGAGAAAGAAUAG